AUGUCUCAAGGACCAACUUCAAUUGAAAUUGCUGACUCAGUUCCAUUUGGUGAAACUAAAAUUCAAAGGUCACACAAGUCUAUCAUACAACCUGAUAUUAUCAAGGUUCACAAAGAAGUGAAAAGGGUUACUAAAGUGAUUGGUGGUAAAGAAGUUACGGAGGAUAAAGUGUGGGAGUUUUAUGAGUUGAGGGAUUACAAGUAUUGGACCUUUAAGCAGUUUUUGGAGGAAGUGAACACAAGUUUAACUUACUCUUCUACCAAGCCCGCUUUGCCAAUCAUGGCAAAUGCUUCCGGACGUCUGGCCAUUACAUUUGCUACCACAUAUGACUUGUUUGGUGUAGAAGGACUUGAACAUUCGAUCAACGAAACUGAUUUACUGGGACUAUUCACCAAUUCAAACUUACUCACUACUCUUGUAUCUGUGAUUGACAAAACACCUAGCUUGAAAUUUGUGGUCCAUGAUGGUGAAUCAAAGUGUAAAUCCAUGUCCAAGAUUCAAGAAUUAAGACUGCAUAUCAGAGUUGUAUCCAGAGUCUUACUAUAUGAUGAAUUACGUGAAGUUGGUACCGAGAGCAAUCAUCCAACUGUAAAGGCAGAUCCAGAGGACAUCGCUUGCAUUAUGUAUAAAGUGGAAGUACAGAAACAUGCUGGUGAUGAACAUAAAGGUAGUGAGGAUGACAAACAGUUUGAUGAAUGUGGAGAAGGAUUGAGGAAUGAAUAUGUAGCAACUGGAAGUCGGGAAUACGUGUGGUCUCUAAUGGAGAUCUUGGGUUUCUUUUUCCUUUGGAUUCAUACUCAUGGACCUAAAGGUAUUAACAAUGAUUGUAGAGGUUGA